AUGUUUAAAAGCUAUCGACAUACGACACAACAACAGGCUGUCUUCCCCUUCAUCGUUGCUCUCGAAUUUUUUGCAUUCCCUCAUUCUCCUGGAAUAAUGCAUAACAAUGAUCUGGUGGGAUCUGUAAGAAAAAGAAAAAAAUCAAUAGAUGUAGAAGGAGGCGAUGAUAGACUAAGCAGCCUGACGGAUGAUCUUAUCCAUGAAAUCUUUUCUUUUAUGAGCAUCAAAGAUGCUAUCAGAACCUGUGUUUUGUCGUCUAGAUGGAAGUUUAUCUGGACUUCAAUGCCUGACUUGAAUUUUGAAAAUCUCAAUGAUCGGCCCCACCUCUCGAGAACAGUUACGGACGAUGAAUCUGUCUCGAGAAUUCUCAGCUUGGCAUUCUCUCACAAUCUCCAACAACUGAGUGUUAUACGUGCGCCUGGGAAUUCGAUUAUAUUCCCAUAUUCCUUCAUUGUGACACCAAAGUGGGACCUCCCAGCUUUAACCACAUUGCAUCUUCACUGUGUCAAACUCAUGUCUGAUGACCUUUUCUCCAAGUGCACUAACUUGAAGAACCUCAUCUUAAAAGAAUGCACAUUAAUGGAGGAGAUGGAAGUUUUAACUAUCUGUCAUCCUCGACUUUCUGAUCUUACACUUGUAUCUACACCCCCGGAUAUGGAAUUACAGGAGGGUGUGAAUGUGGUUGCACCUCAACUCAAGAAUCUCACUAUUAAAUGGUGCCAAGGGGAACAUCUGAUUUCUGCACCUGGGCUUACCUCCUUGGUCAUAGAAGGGAAUGCAGAUGCUCAUAAAAUAGUUUCUCUGCUUCAACAGCUCCAUAGUGUCAAGCUUCUUACACUUAAUUUGCAGAUUCUCCAGCGUCUUUUUUCAAUAGAGGUGCGGCCCAGAUUUAGGAAUGUCAAACGGAGGAUGAGGAAAUCAGCGCGUUUUUCUUCAGGCAUGGAAGUAAGCCCAUAUAAAACUUGUGUGUUGGCAAAUGCAAAGAUAGUAAAGUUUGUACCAAGUACUCAAGAAAUAGUAUACUUGGAAAAAGUAACCACAUGUACUGAAAUAAAAAACUAUGAUGAUAAUUCUCCAAGUUCCAUCUUCCCAAUGGUCUCACGUGAGGAGAUUAUAGUUAUGGGGGAUAUAGCAUUAGCACAUGUAUUUGUGAGACACCUGAGGAUAUUGGUAAAGGAGUGUAAAGCAAAUACAGAUAUUGAGACUGACAUGGCUCAUAUGGAUGAACAUGGCAAACCACAAGUCUGGAUGAUGCUCUGGGCAUGGGAAUUGCAAUAUAAGCUUAGGAAAAUGAUGGCAAUGCUUCAGCAAAGGGUAAUUGUAGAACUAGAGAAUUGUCGCAUGAUGGCAUCGUUAAGGCGAAGAUAUAAUAUUAUGCAGAGGGGAUUAGAGACUCAUCCCAUAGUUACAUGGUUGGAGGAUAUGCGUGCAUUGUUUGAGCGCAUUCAACGGUUGAUAUCUCGGCUGUCUGCAUCAAAGAGCGAUGUGUUGCGACCAAUUUUUCUUAGUCUAUGUCAAGAUGCUGUCAUUCUCACCAAUAAUAUGUUGGGAUGGAUAUUGGAGACUACAAACUCAACUCGACAGACGAUGAGAUUAUAA